AUGCGGGUUUUAGGACCGACCUUUUCUAACCCGUCAUUCCUCGCUGCUUCCAUAAAUAUGGACAUGCUGGUCGCCUGGGGGAAACACGUCACUGCCUUCACACUCCUGUCAGGACAGUACGACUUUACCCCCAGACCGCAUCGUAUUAUGCUUACUCGUAAUACGGAGUCUCGCUGCUCUUUGUCUGAUUGCUCCCCUUUGACCUUCCUGGCAUGGUUCCAACUUGUGGAACGACUUUCCAGCCAGUGUAGCCCGCCGGAUCAUUGCAGCACUCAAGCCCAACCGCCACGUCAAAGUGGCAGCUUUCAGUCUGGUCUGUCACAGUCUGCCGGCCUAUACCAAUCUGAUUUGGUAAUAUUUCCGAACACUUUCGGCUCCGCUUCAAGAUUUCGUCAUAUUUUCUCAAUGAAACGCGCAGGUGAAAUGCCCGUUACUUCUUCAGCCACAGUUAAUUCGCGAAGCUCAGAAAGUGCGAAAGAUUGUCGAAAACGGAAAACUUUGCGCAUUCAAUACCUUGCCGAAAGUUUGAUCGAAGUGUGCCGUUAUCUGGACCGGGGUGAAGUCCCACAAGCUUUGCUUCAAGAACUCAACAUUCCUUUCCAAUAUGACUGGGACGGCAACAGCGAUAUGAAUCUCUAUAACGCCUAA